UUUUGGUCUCUGAGCAAGAAGGCGGAACUUGUCUUGAUCCUAGUGCAUGGCCUUGGAGCCAGUGGUUACACAGAGAAUGGGGCCAGAGAGAAUCUGUCCAAAUGAGCAUGAGGAGCUGGGGCUGCAAGAGCCACCUGAUGAAACCCCUGCACCUGCUGGGGAGCGGAGUAGUGAAGAACCUGAAGAGGAGGAAGGGGAUGGUAGCAAUGACUACUUGUACCAGCCACUGAACCAAGAUUCGGAUCAGGGAACAACAGCAGUUGAAGGAACAGAACCCAGCACAGAGCCAAUCCCUGAUAUCAAUGAGCGACUUCAGGCAAUGAGACUGCAUCUGCCUGACCCACCUGUGCACAGCGAUGAUGAUGAUGAGGGAUCUGCAGCUCAACACAGUCGCAGCUCUAUCCCUAUGGAUCCCGAACAUGUGGAGUUGGUGAAAAAGACUAUGGCUGGAAUCAAGCUCCCCAUACUGGGAAUCCCUGCAUGGGCCAAUGAGAUCUCGGAUGACCAAUGGCAGGAUAUGGUGCAGCGAAUGCUGCAAGCCUGGCAGAAUCAGAGUGGCCCUAAGCCAGAAUGGAAGUGA